AUGGAUGGAUUUUACGACUAUGUCCAUCAAGCAAUAGUAUCAGUACAGAGUACGCUACAAGCACAUAACGACAUUGUGACGAAAAUUGUUGGAACUUCAACUCGAGAACUACCACCUCCUCGAGGAGCUGAGAAGACCUACCUCUGUUCGCUUAUUCCCCAACACGAGACUGCUACGGAAUUAGUCAAAAUGUACGAGCAGUUUUGGGAAGUCAAGUUUCGAAUACUCUAUAUGCCUAAGUUUUGGAAGGAGUAUCAUCAUCUACGGCAAGAUCCUUCGACUACUCCCUUGGAGUACCCGGCCAAACUACUGCUAGUUCUACUGCUUGGGCAUCAGUUACAGCAGGCUGGUGACGAUGAUUUACCUUCUGAGAGAGAAAUAUUACCUAGUCACACUGCGCUCUUAUGGCUACAAGCCGUUGAGUUUUGGCUCUUCACUCAUUUAGAAGGAACUAAGCCAACUCUGGACCUGAUUCAAAUACUCUGUCUUCUGGCCCUUGCCAUUAGACCGCAUACAAGCAAUACCUGGCACUCAUAUGCCGCCACAGGGUAUUUGAUGAAACUGGCAAUAAUGAUGGGUCUUCAUACGGACCCGGGGAAAAUGGCCCAUAUCUCUACUACCGAAACUGAACUAAGGAGGAGACUAUGGGCUACGAUUAUGGAAAUCGAAAUAUCCAAUUGCUUGGAUAGAGGCCUCAUGCCAAUGUUUACACUAGAAACGUUCGACACCCUAGCACCUGCCAACUUGAACGACGAAGAUUUGGAUGGAGGUUGCCCAAGCGCCACAGCCAGCCACCCAACAGAUUGCUGGUUUCAAAUAACACUACUGCAAUCACUCCCACUCCGACUUGAAGUGUGUCAGGUGCUCACCAGCCACAAGUGUGUUUUGACGUACCAGAAAGUCCUUGAUCUUGAUAGUGAGCUAAACAAAGUCUUGUCACACCUGCACUCAACAUCGAGAAAUAUGGUACCGAUGCUCCCGGGUCAUCUUCAGGAGCGGUGGCGAGCCCGUACUGCUAUCCUGGACUUGCACAUUCGCCGUUGUCUUCUGGCAAUCCACCAAGCAUUUAUCGUUUAUCCAAAAGAUCAGAAAAUGUUCCAUUAUUCCCGAAUCGCGUGUCUCGACUCCGCAUCCGUCUUCUUGUCAGCCCAGGAUACCCUGGUUCCUGAAGAACUAGCCAGCUCGCUGUUGCUGUCAACACAACUACACGCUUUCAUUCUAACAUGUUUCUUGCUGAUGCAACAUGCAUGGCCGGAUUCAUUUGCAAGCCAGGGCAGUCUCUCCUACAUGUGCGCAUCGUGGAUACAAACUCUACUGGAGAACAGCAGGGACGCAUGUGCUAAAAGGAUCUCUACCCGUAAAAGAGGUCUGAAAGAGUACACGAUACAAUGCUUUUUAUUGCCAUACAGUAUCUGUCGCCGAUCGUCGACUCCUUCUCCAGGCAUUAUGGAGGCUGCGUCUCAGAUGUACGGCGAUGUGUGUUCCAUGUUUUCUCACUCCUUACAGCCUACAAGUUCUCAAGACAACGAAACUUUGGCAUCCCCUACCUUGGUAGAUUUUCAGCCCAGAUCUGCAUCCCAUUCUCUGGAGGACCUGCCCUCGGUGCCAAUGCUCCACGAGGGUAUUUCUUGGAACACCCCGAACAGCGUCGGCGCGAAUGAGUAUUUGCUUGGGAUGGACAUAACCAGUGGAGACUUCCUGCUUGGUGUACUGGGCCAGUACGACGACACGUCACAUCUGCAUAGCUAUGCCAGCGACGUGUAA